AAGGAAUUUUCCGGGAGAGACAUUUACCAGCUAAUAAAAAAUGCCAAGGACAAAAUUAAAAUUGAUUACAAGUUUUGGUACACGCAGCCUGUGCCUAAAAUAAAUGACGAGUUUAACGAAUCGGUGAACGAGCCAUUCAUAAGUGACAACAAAGUGGAGAAUGUCAGAAAAGAUGAGUACAAACUGCCGGCAGGGUACUCCUGGUACGUGUGCGAUGUGAAGGAUGAAAAGGACCGGAGCGAAAUUUACACGCUCUUAACAGACAAUUACGUAGAAGACGACGACAAUAUUUUCCGGUUUAAUUACUCUGCGGAGUUUUUACUAUGGGCUUUAACAUCUCCAAAUUAUUUAAAAACGUGGCACAUUGGCGUAAAGUAUGAUGCAUCGAAUAAGCUAAUCGGAUUUAUAAGUGCCAUUCCGACGGAUAUAUGCAUUCAUAAGAGAACGAUAAAAAUGGCAGAGGUCAAUUUCUUAUGUGUUCAUAAAACGUUGAGGUCCAAAAGACUAGCUCCCGUUUUAAUUAAAGAAAUUACAAGGAGGAUAAAUUUAGAAAAUAUAUGGCAAGCUAUUUACACAGCCGGAGUUUAUUUACCCAAGCCAGUAAGUGAUGCAAGAUAUUAUCACAGAUCUAUAAAUGUAAAGAAAUUAAUCGAAAUAGGUUUUUCUUCCUUGAACUCUAGAUUAACGAUGAGUAGGGCUAUUAAACUGUAUCGAGUUGAUGAUACUUUAAAUUUAAAAAAUAUGAGAUUAAUGAAGAAAAAAGACAUCGAAGGU